UGACGUGGUAGUGUUUCAUUAACGUUACCGUCAGAGAGAAACCUCUCCAUCGGUGAUUUCUAAUGCGGUAGGUCUCGAUACUGUGCCAUAUGACAUGAUCAUUACUACGCGGAACUACGAUCUUCACCUCUAACGCCUGCUUUUGACAAUCGACGAUAUCAUCCGUCGGUUAAAGGAGGCAAGGGGUGCGUCGGAAGGUGAGACGAUAAGGGAUUUGAUGACGACUUUGACCUGAAGAUGAAGAAGAGUUUAGACAAUGGCUUCAUCGGUGAAGUGCUGGUUCGACUUCUUCUUUUAGCCGUGUUUCUAGUUACUGAGGCUUUGCCUCCUUUUACUCGAGAGAUCCAGCCCGAAGAACUGUGGCUCUACAAGUUCCACCACGUGGAAAAUGAUCAUGUGCCCACCAACCUCAUGUUUAGUAUCGCCCUCCUCACACCACUGGUGGCCAUCUUUCUGUUUGCCUUCCUGAGGAGAGCUGACCGAGGGGACGUGAAGGAGGCCUCUCUGGCUGUGACUCUAACUCUGGUGCUCAACGGGGUCUUCACCAAUGCGGUCAAGCUCACUGUCGGCCGGCCACGGCCAGACUUCUUUUACCGCUGUUUCCCGGACGGGAAGUUCAACGCCGAGCUGAGGUGUAGCGGUGACCCGGAUGUGGUCAUGGAGGGCAGGAAGAGCUUCCCCAGUGGACACUCCUCCUUUGCCUUUGCAGGGCUGGGCUUUACGGCGUUGUACCUGGGGGGAAAGCUGCACUGUUUCAGCCCCGUAGGCAGGGGGCGCUCUUGGAGGCUCUGCAUCUUCCUCAUGCCGCUCCUCUGUGCCAUCCUCAUCGCCGUGUCCAGGACCUGCGACUACAAACACCACUGGCAGGACGUGCUGGUGGGGUCUCUGCUGGGCAUGAUCUUCUCGUACCUGUGCUAUCGGCAGCACUACCCGCCGCUCAGCGACAUGGACUGCCACCGACCGCUCCGCCUCAGAGAAGCUUCCGGAGCCUGCGGGGGAGCACAGGAGAGCAAGCAGAACCGAUCUGGAUACCUCCUGCCACUCUAGGAGAACCUCUCCCUCUCUCUCCCUCCCCCCCCCCUCUCUCCCUCUCCCCCUCUGUCCCUUCAUCUACCUCCAUCUCUCACACUCAUUCUCUCUUUCACAUGUUCUUUCCUUUCCUCCAUCUCUCUCUCUCUCUCUCUCUCUCUCUCUCUCUAUGUCUCCAUCUCUCUCUCUCUGUUUAUCUCACCCACUCCCCCAUCCUCACGUCCAUUCCAGAAGGGACCGGCUCUCUUAGUCAGACUCCUGGGGUUUUCCACAGCUCAGAGGACACAGUAGACUGUCCCCACUUUCACCCAUAUCUGUUUCCUCAGGGCUGAAUGGAUGAUGUGAAUGACAGCAAGUGCUAAUGUGUGCUCGCAGUUCAGAGGAACCAGGCAUUGGUUCCUCUCUUAUGCCUUGAGCAAUAUGUUUCAGCUCGUCGUCCUCUUCGUACGGGUCAGCUUAAACGUAUGCCUGACCGUCAGUGAUGGUUUUUAUCUAACACUUCUGAGGGUUAGCAGAGGCAUACGACGAGCUGUUGAGAAGCUGGAGAUGCUGCCAGCUGUCAGCUGUGUCCACUUGGCUCAGAGAAAGAGAGCAUGAGAGAGAGAGAGAGAGAAUGAAUGAGAGAGUGUAUUGAAUUUGUGUACAUGCUUUGACAACACAAGCACUCUUGUCAUGUCAAUAAAGCUUAUUUGAAUUUGAAUUGAGAGAGCGAGAGCUUCUUUGAAUUUGAAUUUAGAGAGAGAGAGAGAACAGACCCACCUCUUCUGUGGAUGCCCCUGGAGCAGACUUGGGAGUGUGUAGUGUCUCAGUAGCACAUUCCCAGGGUGUGGCAGAGCGCUCUGUGGCCACAUCAUCAGGGCCUUCCGACCCACCUGAAGGUGGCCACAACUCUGCCACCCCUACCACCACACCGUUCCACUACCACCCUACCCUGACUCUGCCAACAUUCCACAACCCCUACCCUAACUCUGCCACCAUUCCACUACCCCUCUACCCCGACUCUGCCAACUAUUUAUUCCACUACCCCUCUACCCCAGUCUCACGCUCCCCUGACUAGUUCUAUAGAUGCUGCCUGUUGUUAUACAGUCUCACCCACAGGGGUACUGCCACCAGGCACUGGGUUGGCCUCCGCUGGGUGUCCAUAAGCCACUCGUGUUAAGCAUUGUGUUAAACAUUCAGGAACUUUAGUAUGUGUGCGCGACAGACAGUGGAGUUUUCAGCGAGCUGCCUCUGGCACAGUCAGGGUCGAAUGAAGCCUUGCACGCUUUUCUUGGAGGGUUUUGACGUGGUGAAAUAAACCGUAUUCUGCGCUAACAGAUCCUGUGUAAAACACAUUGGGAGUUUGUGUCAGAGUGUCCACAGUCAUGGUUAGAUGACUGUUUAUUUAUGAAUUUUAGACAUGCAAUUCAGGCCACUUGCCAACAGAGUUUGUAACUUGUCAAAUGUAUGUUGACUUUACUGGUUGACCUUUUUUUAAAGAACUUUACUAUGUUUGUUUAGGUAAGAACUUUGACCAUACUAUCUGCGGGUGUACGUAUAUCACCCAUAGUUCAUCUUUACUGUACUGCAUCCUAAAAGGAACACUGUGUUCUUUUGGACAUGACUCAUUGACUGUGAAAGCUUACUGUUGCCAUGAUGUUUGAAAGGUUUACUAUUGGUAAAGACUGUAAUUGAAUGAUUUAAGUAAAGACACCUGUAAUAAUUAAAAUACUCAAGUAUUCAAAA